GCCGGCGCCCUCAACUCGCUCGCUCGCUCGCUUGCCACCUUGCAGUCAUCUUCCUCCACUUCCUCCCUCCUUCCCUUUCCCUGCCUCAUUGAACGACCACCUGGACCACGGGUUUCUCUCCCCACAGCCCCACGCUUUCCUCGCUUGUCAGCCCAAUCGCAGCCAUCGCCUGCCUGCCAUGGCUCAGGCUCAGGGGACAGCGGCAACAAUGCUGCUGAUGAAGCUGAAUUGGUCUACCAUCGCCCUGCUCACGAUCGGCGUUUUGUUGCUGGGUGCAAAAUGCACACCGUGCACAGGCACUGCCGCUGUGAGCAACACUGCCCCACUUGCCACCCUUACGAGUGGAAAAGGGCAUGAAGCCGAUAGUGCGCGCUCCCCUGGUCUCGGCUGGUGCAGUGAGAGGACACCUUUCGUGGGCAGAGCGCCCGAGACACAAGCAGCGGCCUCAGAUGUGGUUGAUGUGGGGUGCAAGGCACACGCGGCGGCUUGCAUAGAAGCACAGGAUGCGCUGCUGGCUGCACGAGAGGCUGCCACGUCCACCGGGCACCACACCUCAUCUGAAACUGCGUCCGCGUCCACGUCAACAGCCGACAUCAGUGGCAACACCAGCCACGCGUCUCUCCCACCACCGCACCUUGUGGUAUUGGAGCGCUUCGUGCACCAGUUUUGCACCCACCACCACAACUCUGACCAUGACUACAACCACAGCCAACAGUCAAACGUGGCAACAGCCGCCACCUCUGCCCACCCUGCUGUUCGUGUGCGAACAGUCACCAACACUGCUGACACCCUUCCUCCCACACGACAACAACAACAACAACAGCAGCAGCAGCAGAAGCAGCAGAAGCAUCAGCAGCAGGAAGAAGCAAGCAUCCUUAUUCAGCCGACACCAGAUGGCGAGUUGAACAGCAAGGAUGUGCGUCAGCUGUUUCGCCAACGCCGCGCAGACACAUCAACCACAACAACAGCAGGUGCAGCGACUCAAGCCACAACGACAACGACCACCACGACAACCGCAACAACAACAACAACGACAACCACCAGCUCCACCACAGAGGACGCCUUCUUCUCCCGGCCCGUGGUGUGCGAUGUCUCGCGCAACUUCAUCUUCGACUGCACCUUCACCGUGCUCACCACGGAGCUCAUCUUCAACAUCGAGGGCGGCACAGAGCCGCUCGUGCACCCGGACGACGGCCGACGGCAGUUUGUACAGGAGCGCAUCAUCGACAUUGUGCAGCCGUCGCACGUCACAAUCUCAGGGCGCAUGCUUCCAGCCGACAUUGAGCUGAUCCUGUCGUUUCACUUCCCCAACGCCUCCAAAGUCAGCGUGCACGGCCUGCAGAGCUCAAGCCUGCACCUGUCCAUGUUCAACUCGCUGCCACCACUGCACACCAUCGACCUCAGCCACAGCGAGCUGACAGAGGUGCGGCCCACGCGCGCGGACGACGACACAGACGUGUUCGUGCACGGCCCCUCGGUCACCACGCUGGACAUGAGCGGCAACAGCCUGUCGGAGCUUGACCACGACACCAUCGCCGCCAUGCCGAACCUGCUCACCUUGCACUGGGACAACAACCACGUGCGUGAUCUCGACGACGACAUGUUCGCCGACAACCGCCGCAUCAGCACCCUCACCCUGCACAACAACCGCCUGUCGUCUGUGCACGAGCGCAUGUUUGACGAGCUGUUCAACCUGACGCACCUCGAUCUCGGAUACAACGGCAUCUCCCUGCUGGACCCACACACGUUCGCCAGCAACACCGCCCUACGCCUUCUUGCACUCGACAACAACCCGCUCACCCACUUCCCCGCGGCCCUGUUUGCGCAGCAGACACAGCUGGAGGAGCUGUAUGCGUUCAGCACGCAGCUGGAAGACCUUCCUGCGGGCCUGUUUGACAGCACCAUCAACCUGAAGACGCUGUUCCUGUACCGCUGCCGCAUCACGUCCAUUGCCAACGGCGUGCUGGAUGCCCUCACGCGUCUGCAGCACCUCAGCUUCACCCGCAACCGGCUCACCCACGUCACACCGCACAUGUUCGACGCGCUGACGCAGCUGCGGCAGCUGUUUCUCAUGGGCAACGACAUUGCAACCGUGCACGAGGCGGCAUUCACCAACCUGCAGCGCCUGGAGCUGCUUGCCCUCCACGACAACGCAAUCAGCACCCUGCACGUCAGAACGCUCGCUGCCCUCACCGCGCUGGAGUACAUUGACUUUGGCAGCAACCGCCUCAGCAGCAUCCCCCCGGCCCUGUUUGAUGGCUCGCCGCGCCUGCGCGUGCUGCUGCUGCCCGACAACAAGCUGUCUGCGUUUGAGACAGCGCGGCCGCUGAUGAGUCUUGAGGAGCUGCAGCUGCACGGCAACCCGCUCGUGGUGCAGCCAGACAUCGCACAACUGACAAACCUGCGCAUCAUUCGCAGCAACGGCCACACCAUCCCCCGCCUCAACCUCCUCCCACUGCUCACCCUGCCAUACCUGCAGACGCUCGAGAUUGCGUCAGCGCCCACCUUCCACGACGCCCAUGCAGAGCCGCUUAGCGUGUCGAGCAGCAUCGGCACGCACCUGGAGGCGCUGGACGUCACCGGUAUCGUGCUGCCCGCCACCUUCCCGCUCAAGCUGACACAGCUGCAGCUGCAGUUGAAGCGGUUCGCGGCGGGCUGGCCCGGCAUGAACACCGACAUCAUCCACCUCGAUGCGCUCUGCAAGGUGCUCGCCAACAACGUGGAGGAGUUUGCGCUCACGGGCACCGGGUACACGCACAUGGACCUGUGUGCAGACAAGACGUUUCGGGCCGUGUUUCUGCCCAACAACAUGCGCCUGGAGAGCGUGCGCAUCCACAACGCCCUGGAGCAGCUCAACCUGUUUGGGUGCCGGUCCCUGACGACGCUGCUUGUGCCGCGCGUGGAGUCAAUUGACCUCUCGUACACGAGCGUGACCUCCAUCACGCCGCUAUGUACCGACUGGGGUUCACGCAUUUUCUUCUACCGCGGCGUCAACAACCCGUUGCUGCUCGCCCAGGGACCCGAGCUGUUCGUGCGGUGCGUGGAGCAGAGCGAGGUGAUUGACCUGAGCGAGAGCGCGUGGAUGAAGCGGCUGACGCGCAUGCAGGAGAUCACCAGCCGCCCGAUUGUGCUGUCGUCGCAGCAGUUCCAGGACCCGCACCUGUACUUCCUGGAGAGCAGGGCCGACGCGCCGACGGUGACCAUGCAGAACACGCCCGUCGUUUGCCGCACGGCGUUCCGGCACGUGGUGGUGCAGCCGCGCGACGACCCCGGCAGCCACCAGACGCAGCUUGCCCUGGAGUACCGCUGCAGGUGCGCCAGCGGCUACCACCAGAGCGGCGGGCUGUGCGUGAGUAACCGCAGCAGGACCGCGCUCAUCACGGGGCUGAGCGUGUCGUUUGUGCUCGUGCUCGUCAUCACGGGCGCCGUGUUUGUGUGGCAGCGGCGCGGGCUUGCAGCGGCGCAGCGCAUCACCCGCGAGAACAAGCGCAAGCUGGCGGCAAUGGAGGGCGCGUGGGUGAUUCCCUUCAAGCAGGUGACGCUGACACGACGCAUUGACGCGGGCACGUUCGGCGAGGUGUGGCGGGCCACGUUCCGGCGCACGGGGCAGACGGUGGCGGUGAAGGUGCUGCGCCACGCCAUGAAGGAGCUCGACGACUCGACAAUCGACAAGUUUCGACAGGAGGCGCAGUUUCUGCAGCUGGCCCGCAAGUGCGAGAACAUUGUCUUCUUCCAUGGCGCAGGCACAAACCCGGACGGCUGCCCGUUCCUCGUGCUGGACUUUGUCAAGUAUGGCUCGCUGGAAGGGCUGCUUGGCACGGGCGACGCGCAGGGCGCGCCUGUGCACACAUCCCUGCGCGGCUCCCGGACGCAGAAAAGCGAGCGUGUGCAGACACUGCACUCGCUGUGGCGCCUGCACAUGUGCGGCGGUGAUGGCCUCAGCAGCAGCAGCAUGACCAAGGUUGACAUGUCGGCAAUCAUUGACGUGUCCACUGGCGACUACGACAACAUGACCGGUCGUAGUGGCGGUGGCAGUGGACUCUUCGCGACCACCAGCAGCAACAGCAUGUUUUCCACAUUGGACGGCGAUGUGAAGGAGCCGUUGCUACCAAGCGCGGUGUCGGCCUCCCCUGAUGAUGUGCGGCUGCGGCUGCAGACCAUCACCGUUGACUCGCGCUCGUCCGAUGCGGGCGGCAUGUCAUAUUGGGACCUCAAACACCGCCUCGCCCUCGACAUUGCACACGGCAUGGCCUACAUCCACAAGCUCGACCACUUUCACAGGGAUCUGAAGAGCGGCAAUGUGCUUGUCUCUGCUGAUCUUCGGGGCAAGAUCACGGACUUUGGCACAAUCCACGAGCUGACCACGGGCGGCAGCAGCGCCACAAAGGCCGCGGGGACACCGCCGUACAUGGCGCCGGAAGUGGCACGUGGCGAGCCGUACUCGGCACAGGCGGACGUGUUCAGCUUUGGGGUUGUGUUGUGGGAGCUUGCCGUGGAGAAGCAGCCCGACUUGGUGGCACAGGAGCUUGGCAGCGACAUUAACGAGCGGUAUUUGACAGCACUGCAGCGCCUCCUCAGCGACGGCAGGCGCCUGCGCUUCGACCGCUCAGACUGCGCAGGCAACUGCGUGCCAGAGUGGUUUCAGGCGCUUUCGCUGCGGUGCAUGGCGGGCGAUCCGGACGAGCGGCCCACGUUUGCUGAACUCGAAGCAGCGUUUCUCGACCACAACACCGCCGCCGCUUCCUGGCGCCUCUGCGCCCAGGCCGAUCACGAGGCGUGAGCCCGCUGCUCUCGGUGUGCUGGUGUAAAUGGUGUAUGCGAGUAUCUGUGGUGUGUCCGCUAGUGCUUCUUUGUCGUUGUGCACUUGUGUGUGUGUCUUUUGUGGUGUAGUUGCGUGUAGUUGUGUGUGAUACCCUGGAAUUGCAUGUCAUGGAAGGGUUAGCGUUGCUUUAUUCGUAGUUGGUGGAAUAUUUGACCUACAGUGCGUAGUUGAUGCUUUUGUCGGUUAUGUUGGCUGAUCUCUCUCUCUCUCUCUCUUCCCCUACUUAGCCAUUGAAGGUGUGGCGGCCUACACCUUAGUAAACGAUUCAGUGUGCUG